CACUUGGUUGUUGCACUUGCUGCUGCGCCUUACGCUGUCUAACGUUAGAGUAGCUCGCUCGCUAUGGACGUGAAAAUUGUGUAGUGUUUAUUUAUGUAUGAGAUCUUUAUAUUAAGAGAAGAUAUGAAACAUCCUGUGUAUCUUUAGUGACUUUAACAAUGAUAAUGUUAAUAAACUCCAUCUAUUCGUGAAUUAUACGCAGUAGUGAAGAAGUGCAACAGGCGAUUUAAAUUCCUUGUAAACAGAGGAAUACACCGUGAAUACAAAAUGCCUACAGAUUCAGAAUGCGAUUAUGACUUAGUUUCUAAGGAGUGGCUAUUAGCAAAAUUACGCUCAGAUGAAAGAGAUACUGUUCUAAUAGAUUGUCGAGGGUCGAAUGAAUACUCAGCAUCCCAUAUACGUUCUGCAGUGAAUUUCUCCAUUCCAAGUAUAAUGUUAAGGAGAUUAGCUGCAGGCAAAAUCGAGCUGGUAUCGACUGUCCAGUGUAAAGAACUCAAAGCGCGAAUCACACACUGUUGUUCGCGGGGUACUUUCGUGUUAUACAGUGAUGGUGCUCCGCGGGAUCCCGACUCUGUGCAUGGUAUCUUGCUGAAGCGUCUGAAGCAAGAUGGCGUGCAGGUCGUCUGCCUUGAAGGAGACUUCGCGGAGUUCCGACGCGCUUAUCCCGAGUGGUGCAACGAGGCCAACGCGCAGCACGUGCCGCAUCUGCCGCUUAUGGGACUACGUUCGCUCCGCAUAUCCGGCUCCGGCUGCGACGACGCGCUGUCGUCGGGCUCGUCGUCGGAGUGCGAGGACGCACACACACACGUGCACCAAGACUUCCCCAUCGAGAUACUGCCCAACCUCUACCUCGGCAACUCCACCAACAGCGAGGACUGCAACGCUCUCGCCAGGCACAAUAUUAAGUACGUGUUGAACGUGACGCCGGAUCUGCCGAACACGUUCGAGGCGGAGGGCUGCGGCAUCAACUACUUGAAGAUCCCAAUCGCUGACCACUGGAGUCAGAACCUCGCCGUGCAUUUCCCGCAAGCCAUACGGUUUAUAGAGGAGGCGAUGUCGGCGCGCUGCGGCGUGCUGGUGCACUGCGUGGCCGGCGUGUCGCGCUCCGUGACCGUGACGCUGGCCUACCUCAUGCAGCGCCACCGCCUGUGCCUGCGCGACGCCUUCGAGCUCGUGCGCAGCCGCAAGACGGACAUCGCGCCCAACUUCCACUUCAUGCGGCAGCUGCACUCGUUCGAGCGCGACCUGGGGCUGCACGAGCACAGCGCCAGCCUGGCCAAGGUGCUGCAGGCGCUGGGCGCGGCCGGCGCGGGCGGCGCGGCGUGCGGCUGCGCGGCGCGCGCGUGCGCCCGCUGCGGCCGCUCGCCCGACUCCGGCAUCGAGUGCGACCGCUGGAGCGCCGCGCGCGACACGCCGCACUGACGGGCCCCGCGCGCCCCCUCUUGCCUACCCGUUGAGCCCCCGCUUGUAAGUUCGAUGCGAGUACGGUCCCGUACGUGUGGGGUGCCGGAUGCGCGCCUCCGAAUGCAUUCCGAUGUAUCUUCCCCUCCGUUGUGCAUUUCGUGUCCAUUUUGAUGAUUUAUUUAUGGGGAACGUCGAAGUUUGCACGUUGUUCCGAUUCCGUCGUCCCUUUUGCCGAUGGAUGCCUGUCCGUAUCCCUUCUCCUCUGUGAGGAUGACGCCGCUGGAGCGGACCGGUUCGUAUAUGGGUCCCACGUGUGGCGGUGACGUUGGAUAAUACUUGCAUCGGGUGUAUAUUUUGUUUUUAAAUUUUAGUAAAACGAGUCUUCUUAUAUUGAUUCUUCCAUUGUUGUUAUAUAUCGUUAUGCAACCGACGUGCGUUUGAAGCAAAUAAUAUAUAAACGAUUAGCAUAGGAUGACUUAACACUUACACGGGCGCCCAGAUAGAACUUGUGGUCUUGUUCUAAAGGCGACUAAGGAUGUUACAAUAAAAUGUGUAUCGUGUCCCUAACAACUAAUAUUUCUACAUAUUAAAUAUAGAUUGAGAGUAUAUUUAUAGUUAAAAUAUAGAUUAAAUAUUAAAAAAUGAUUACUCUUUAUUUUUCUAUCGAUCUUCUGCAAUGUUAAUGUAACAAACUCGAUUAUUUCUUUAUUGUGAUGUGAAAUCGACACCUGAUCCGAGUUCUCUGAUGAAAAUGUAUUUUAAACGUUAGUAGCGACUCGCUUAUAGAUGUGUAUUUUUGUAUGAACUAUAGUAAACCAAUGAACGCCAUUUCGAACGUCAAACAAGUGACAGCCGGGGCCGACUUCGCAAGUAACCAAGUUAUAUUAUUUUACGUUAUACUGUUUUUCAAUUGGCGUUUAUUUUCUAUAUGGUAUAUAAUAUAAUUAUAUUUUAUAUAAUUAUAUUUUUCUAUAUGGUCAAAUUAAUUUAACCGUUUCCUAAGCGAAAAUAAAACAAGCUUUAAUAUUAAGUAUGAAUUAUGAUAUUAUAUUAUAAUAAUGUAGUAAAUUGUUACGUAUUGUAAAUUUGUUGUAGGCUUAAGUCUUAUAUUGAGAUUCGACUUCCUUUUCGAUGCCAACUUAUGUUAAUUGUAAACGCAAAACCUCAUUUAACUUAAAAAAUAUUAUAUGUAUAGCGAAAAGUCUAUAAUACAAAUAAGAAUCACUCGUUACAGGUCUCACGUCAAUCAGUUUUAAUAUUUUGAGAAAAUUUAAGGAUAUUGUACGCAUAUUAUUUACUUAAAUUGUAUAAAUGUGAAGGCUAUGGUGAUAGAAUUUUUUUAGCCUUAGUUGCACGAUAUACUCGAGUUUUAUAUUUGUAGACGUAAUUUUAUAAUAAAUUGUAAUGCACAAAAUCACCAAAGCCUGAAUAUAAUGUCCACUUAUGAUGCCUCGGCUACAUCGACAUACUACUGUAUUCAGUGACAACUCAUGUCUCGUACCUGCACGUUUGAGUAAUAACUCAUCUUUGACAAUUCGAUAUGUGUUUAUCCGCGUUUAUUACGUUUAAUAUAUAAUUUAGUGCUUUCACGUUAUUGUGCGGUUCAACCGUCAGUCUGAUUAAUAAAUCGCAGUUAUCACCGAAUGAAAUUAUCACUAAGUGUUGCGAUGAAACUUGUACAAACAUUUGUAAAAUAACCUCGAACAAACAAAAUAUAAACACUGUUAAAAAUA